AUGUGUGCGGCCAAAAAAGGAGACUUGUCUCCCAGCGAAAAGGAGUUGUUUGACGUUAUCACAGCAGGAAAUGUCCAAGAGGCCUCCAGACUGCUUGGUUGUAAAGAUGUCAGAGUAAACUGCUUGGAUGAGUACGGCAUGACGCCGCUGAUGCACGCCGCCUACAAAGGCAAAGCCGACAUGUGCCAGCUGCUGCUGAGGCACGGCGCCGACGUCAACUGCAACCAACACGAGCACGGCUACACAGCGCUCAUGUUUGCAGGCCUUUCGGGGAAGACAGACAUCACGUGGAUGAUGUUGGACGCCGGCGCCGAGACGGACGCUGUCAACUCGGUGGGGAGGACCGCGGCGCAGAUGGCUGCUUUUGUCGGGCAACAUGACUGCGUGACGGUGAUCAACAACUUCUUCUCUCGUGCUCGAUUGGACUACUACACAAAAGUGCAGGGACUAGAGAAGGAACCCAAACUCCCUCCCAAGCUGGCUGGACCCUUGCACAAGAUCAUUAUGAGCACUAACCUCCACCCUGUAAAGCUCGUAAUGCUGGUGAAGGAGAACCCGCUGCUAGCGUCACCGUCGUCGCUGGACAAGUGCCGACGCGUGGUGGAGCUCAUCUGUGAGAAGUGCAUGAAGCAGCGCGACAUGAACGAAGUUCUGGCUGUCAAGAUGCACUACAUCGGAUGCGUGCUGGACAAGUGCGCCUCAUUCCUGGAGCACAACCGCGACCAGCUGGACGGGCUGAUCAAGAGCCUCCUGAAAGGCCGAGACGAAGACGGCUUCCCGGUGUUCCAGGAGAAGUUUGUCCGCGAGUGCGUGCGCAAGUUCCCGUUCUGCGAUGCCACACUGCUGCAGCAGCUUGUGCGCAGCAUCGCACCGGUCACCGUCGGCGACGAGCCGACGGCGCUGUCGGUGUUGACGCAGGCUGUCACCGGGCAGGUAGGCUUCAUGGACGCCGAGUUCUGCACCACCUGUGGGGAAAAGGGAGCGCAAAAAAGGUGCUCCGUAUGUAAAACGGUAUUGUACUGCGACCAAUCGUGUCAGAAGUUGCACUGGUUCACGCACAAGAAAGUCUGCAAGAAGCUUCACGAGCAGCGAGAACAGCAGCAGCCGGCACAAAACCAGGCUGCGAGCGAAGAUACGAACGAGGCCCGCGAGUCCGCCCAGCAACACUGA